AUGCCUGUGAUGAAGGGCCUCCUGGCCCCCCAGAACACCUUCCUGGACACCAUCGCCAACCACUUUGAUGGCACCCACAGCAACUUCCUUCUUGGGAAUGCCCAGGGUCGCCAAGGUUACCCCAUCGUGUACUGCUCGGACGGCUUCUGCGAGCUGACGGGGUUUGUGCGCACUGAGGUGAUGCAGAAAACGUGCACGUGUCGCUUCCUGCACGGGGCGGAGACCAGUGAGAGGGUGAGGCAGCAGGUGGACAAGGCCCUGGAGGGACAGCAGGAGUACCAGGGGGAGGUGUGCUUCUACAUGAAGAACGGAAAUCCAUUCUGGUGCCUUCUUGACAUCGUGCCGAUUAAGAAUGAGAAGGGUGAAGUGGUUCUAUUCCUUUUCUCCUUCAAGGAUGUCACUGAGUCGUACGGAAAAAGCCACCAUCACAGCAACAGCAGAGGGGGGGAGGCCACAGAGGACGCACAUCAGAGCAGAAAACGCAGCAGUUCCCACUUUUCCCAAGCCAGGGAGAGGGGAAGGACUGUCCUGUACCACCUCACCAACCAGUUCUCCAAGAGGGGCAAGGGGAAACUGCCUAAUAGUGUAUUCCAGAAGCCCUCUCUCCCAGAGUACAAGGUGGCGGCGGUGCAGAAGUCCCGCUUCAUCCUGCUCCACUACAGCGUAUCCAAGGCCCUGUGGGAUUGGCUGAUCCUACUGGCCACCUUCUACGUGGCGGUCACCGUGCCCUUCAAUGUCUGCUUCGUCAGUCACCAGGACGACACCGACUGGGACUCCCGUAGCACCAUUGCCAGUGACAUCGCAGUGGAAAUGCUCUUCAUUCUAGAUAUCAUCUUGAACUUUAGGACCACCUUCGUGAGUCAGUCGGGUCAGGUGGUGUACGAUGCCCGCUCAAUCUACCUCCAUUACUGUGGCACCUGGUUCUUUAUAGACCUCAUUGCCGCUCUGCCCUUUGACCUCCUCUACGCCUUCAACAUCACAGUGACCUCUCUGGUCCACCUCCUGAAGACGGUGCGUUUGCUGCGGCUGCUGCGGUUGUUACAGAAGCUGGACCGUUACUCCCAGUACAGUGCUGUGGUCCUGACCCUGCUCAUGUCUGUGUUCGCCCUGCUUGCCCACUGGAUGGCCUGCGUCUGGUACGUCAUUGGCCGCAAGGAGAUAGAGAGCAGCGACCCUGUCACCUGGGAUAUAGGCUGGCUGCAGGAGCUGGGGAAGCGGUUGGAGACCCCGUACGUCAACAGUACGAUGGGCGGCCCCUCCAUGCCCAGCGCCUAUAUCGCCUCCCUCUACUUCACCCUGAGCAGCCUCACCAGUGUGGGCUUUGGCAAUGUGUGUGCCAACACAGAUGCUGAGAAGAUCUUCUCCAUCUGCAUCAUGCUCAUGGGGGCCCUGAUGCAUGCAGUGGUCUUCGGUAACGUGACGGCCAUCAUCCAGCGCAUGUACUCUCGGCGCUCGCUCUACCACACGCGUAUGAAGGACAUCAAGGACUUUAUCCGUGUGCACCGUCUGCCCCAGCUGCUGAAACAGAGGAUGCUGGAGUACUUCCAGACCACCUGGUCUGUCAACAACGGCAUCAAUGCCAACGAGCUGCUGCAUGACUUCCCAGACGAACUGCGUGCGGACAUCGCCAUGCACCUGAACAAGGACAUCCUGCAGCUGCCAGUGUUUGAGCGAGCCAGUAGGGGUUGUCUGCGCUCCCUCUCUUUGCACAUUAAGACCUCGUUCUGUGCCCCGGGAGAGUACCUCAUCCGCCAGGGGGACGCGUUGCAGGCCAACUACUUUGUCUGCUCUGGGUCUCUAGAGGUGCUGAAGGACGGCAUGGUCCUUGCUAUCCUGGGCAAAGGUGAUCUGAUUGGGGCAGACCUGACAGCGCAAGACAAGGUGAUCAAGACCAAUGCGGACGUGAAGGCUCUGACCUACUGUGACCUGCAGCACAUCAGUGUCCGUGCCCUGAGGGAGGUCCUGGGCCUCUACCCAGAGUACGGCAGUCGCUUCAGCUCUGAUAUCCACCACAACCUCACCUACAACCUGAGAGAGGGCAGCGAGGCAGAGGGGCUGACAAGGUUCUCACGGUCCCCUCGGCUCUCUCAGGAGCGAGCUGAUAAGGACCACAAGCUUCCCCUCAUUGCGAAGGCAGAAGAUGUGGAGUCUGGUGAGGACAUGAGCCACUGUCCCACCGGUGCAUCCCACCAAGGACGGCUGCUCCUGAUGCAUGGCCUGAGCAGCCCCGUCUGCCACCCUGGCUUCAGCAGCCUGCUGGGGAAGGAGCUUCGACAUGUCAAUACACUCCGUCUCUGCCGCUCCCCAGCCCAGGGCUGCAGAGGCCGUAGCCCCUCCCCUCAGCUGCUGUCCAAUGAGGAGGUUACUCUCGCCCCAGUGCCCACCAUGGUCACAGAUCACAGCUCAUCCCAUAGGCCAGCCAAGCUGCUCAUACCCUCCCUACAUUGUGUCAGCCCUCUGGACCUCAGCCCCAGGGUUGUGGAUGGAAUUGAGGAUAAUGGGCAGUCUUUUCACUUCAAUGUGGAUCAAGGCGAGGCAAAGACCAAAAGCAAAGACCCAUUCCAGGUGAGCGCCAACUUACUUCUGGAAACAGAGGAGGUGAGACAGAACAUCAGCCAGCUAAACAAAGAGAUGAAUACCCUUAACCAGGAGGUGUCCAACCUGACCAAGGAGCUCCACGAGAUGAUGUGUUUCCUGCAGGCCCAUGUGACCAUGUUUCAUUACCCCUCUGCCAUCUCCACCUAUCCUUACGGCCUGCAGAUGGCCCCUAACCCCAACUCCAGCAGCAACAUGAUUGCUGCCAAUGACUGGCAGACACGGGUGCCUUUCAGUAUGCCUGCUGGACCUCACCCAUCUCACCUCCAACAUGAGCCCCUCAGCCACCCUGCCAGGAACAUGUGGGCCUACAGUGGGGUGCCCCCCCAGGGCAGAGGUCAGAAGGUGGAGGUUGAGCACCAUCACCAGACGUCCAAUCCCAGGUCGUCCUGUUUACAUCCGUGCUGCUCGGACAGAGGCAGAACCACUGGUCAGGGACUUGAAGCCCAGUACAGGCCUUUCCCGACCUCCAGAACUACACCCAACUCUCCCUACAUGGGCCACUCCCAAUGCCGGACUGGGCCAUCUCUUCUGAACCUCAGCUCUGCCUUCCCAGUACUCCCAGGUGCGGGUCCUGGUCAGGUUGAGUACAAAGCCUCCAUCCCCACCAUCAGUACCUUUCGUCCCCUAUGUUCCCCGGGCAGCCUCAGCCACUCCCACCCAUCCCUGAGUGUCCAGGUCAACUCUGACCGCAGCCAUUCACCGUCCAUCUCCCCAACGCCUAUCCACGUCUCACUGACUCCUACCGGCCAACCACAGCUCCACACCGCCUUCAGCUCUCAGUCUGGGGUCUACACGUCUGUCAGCGCAACAUAUAAUCAGACGCACAACCAGACCACCCAGGGGCAGGGCUCUCUCAACAGAGCUAGGAAGAAUGACCUGGUGGGCUCCAGCCCUGUCCACACACUGGACUCAUCCCUACAUCUGGUAGGGCAGCCAGCAGGGCAAGGGCCAGACUGUGGAGGGCCUAAGACUGAGUACCCACAGGGCAGGGAGAGACCUGAGAGGAUGCAGAGUGAUGCUGAGCAGGCAGAGUCCCAGACCCAGGGGACCAACAUCAGCACACAGCAGGCCCUGGAAGUCGAGCCUCUCUGGGGCUUGGAGGUGACACAUUAG